CAACAGGCCAUUGCCAUUGCCAUUGUAUUUUUCUUUCUUACACCCAAAGUUAAAAGUAUAAUUAAAAUAAUAACAUACAUAUAUAGGAAACCUUCAUCAGAUUCGCCCCUCCUUUAUCUCUCUGAUGACUGUGUCUAGAUGACUCAUCUCUCUGCAUGAACACGACGACCCUGCUCUGAAAUCCAAGCCUUUUCUUUGUUUUCCAUAUUUUUGCCUGACAUCUAUGAAUCUUCCUUUUUCUAAAUUUGAUGCUUUGUCCUUCAAGGGUUAAUCUAACCUUUUGGGUUUUGAAUUUGAUUCUAUUUUGCUUCAACUUUUUGAGUCCCAAACUCUUUAAGGAGAAUCCUUGCGUGUUGAAUCUUGAUUGAUUGUUAAGGGGAAUAUCCAUCAGUAGAGGGUAGUAAUAUGGGGGCCUCUGCCUCUAAAAUACAAGAGGAUAAGGCCCUGCAGUUAUGCCGGGAGCGGAAGAAGUAUGUUCGUCAGGCACUUGAUGGAAGAUGCUUACUGGCUGCCGCUCAUGUUGCAUACAUUGAGACACUAAAAAGUUCAGGAACUGCCCUUAGGAAGUUUGUCGAGCUUGAAGCUCCAGUCGAGUCUUCCCUUUACACUUCAACUAAUGCUACACCUGAGCCCCUUGCUUUAACCGAAAAGUCUCUUUCCCACUUUUCAUACUCUUCUCCGUCUUUCUCACGUGUUGAUGCACCUGAAACCUUUUCUCCAUCACCUUCUCCUCCCACUUCUAGUCAUUUUCAGGUGAACCAUAUGAGGUUUGGGGUUACAUCUUCGAGAAAAGUCGAAGAGAAACCCCCUCUACCUGAUAUCAAAUUGGUAACCUCAUCAAGUACUCCACAGAGUACCACUCCUCGUUCCACUGAAAAACCAGAAUCAUCACCAUUCGAAGCUUCUUCUUUGCCGUCAGGAACACCGGAAUGGGAUUUCUUUGGUCUUUGGCAUCCAAUUGACCAUCAAUUGUCAUUUCAAGAAGGGAAGGAGGUGAACCAAGGUCCAGAAGCCAUUAAUGAUUUUAGACGACAUAGGGAAGAGGAGGUUGUUACUGAGCUGGAAGAUGAAGAGGGGUCUUCUUUACAUGAUAGAGAAGAAACUCAGGGUUCAGAAGAUGAAUUUGAUGAUGAGCCCCCUGCAGAUACUCUGGUUCGAAGUUUUGAAAAUCUGAACAGAGUCAAUGACCAUAAAAUAGUCAAUGGACCAUCAGCUAUUCCAUCUGUUGGUAGUGUAGCUUCAGAAACGGACUUUGUCAGUAGGGAAAAGAACAAUUCUCCCAAUUUGUCACCGCUAAGGGGGACACCCAGCAGUGUUUCUAUUCCGAUUGAAAUAAAGAAAAUGCCUGUAAAAGAAGAUGCUUCCGAAAACAAGGUUGCCCCUAAAGAUUUCCUUUCUGUCAUGAAAGAAAUUGAGUUUCACUUUGUAAAAGCUUCAGACUCUGGAAAAGAAGUUCCUAGGAUGCUCGAGGCUAAUAAGUUGCAUUUCCGUCCUAUUUUUCCUGGAAAAGGAGGUGGAUUGAUGGCAUCCGCAUUCUUCAGAGCAUGUUUCUCAUGUGGAGAAGAUCCAAGCCAGGUUAAAGAAGAACCUCCUCAAAGUGAUGUGAAGUACUUAACUUGGCAUAGGACAACGUCAUCAUCUUCUUCUGGGAAUCCUCUGGGAUUAAAUUCAAAGGAUGAUGUUGAGGAACUUCACACCAAUAUUUUCUACAAUACCUGCAUGUUUUCAGGCAGUCAUGCCUCAACUUUGGAUAGACUAUAUGCAUGGGAGAGGAAGCUUUAUGAUGAAGUAAAGGCCAGUGAGGCAGUCCGUAGUGAGUAUGACUUGAAGUGUAAAAUGUUAAGACAGCUGGAGUCAAGGGCAGAGAGUCCAAGCAAAAUUGACAAGACUCGAGCCGUUGUCAAGGAUUUGCACUCUAGAAUUAGAGUUGCAAUCCAAAGAAUUCACUCAAUAUCAAAAAGGAUUGAGGAUUUACGGGACAAUGAGCUGCAACCACAACUUGAGGAGUUGAUCGAAGGGUUGAGUCGAAUGUGGGAAGUAAUGUCUGAAUGUCAUAGGCGUCAGUUUCAAAUCAUCUCAGUUGCAAACAAGAAUGGCAUCAUGAGAAUCUCUGUGCUGCCGGAAUCACAUCGGCAUAUCACCGCUCAUCUCGAACAUGAACUAAGCUUGCUGUGUUCGAGUUUUACAAAGUGGAUUGGUGCCCUGAAAGCUUAUCUGAAAGCCAUAAACAGUUGGCUCAGUAAAUGUGUUACCAUUGGAACAUCUUUGAAAAGAUCAAAGAAGAAAAACAUUGAAACCCAAAUUACCCAACUUUUGAGACUACGCGGCCCUCCAAUUUAUGUAACCUGUGGUUGUUGGUAUGACGAGCUUGAAGCAUUGGAGCCUUCUACAAAGCAAGUCUCAGACUCCAUCAAACGUUUGGCAGCCGAUACAUCUGGCUUUUUACCGCACCAAGAAAAGAAUGAGGGGAAGAAUGCCAAGCGACCACAUGAAGCAUCGGGGAACGAUUCCAACAUUGAUUCUGCAAUCAAUAUGUCAAGAGACGAGGCUAUGAAAGAGAGCACAUCAGCAUCCAACGAAAUUAGUGAUUCUGCGUAUAACAUGUUCAGAAAUGAUGCUUUGAAGGAUUCUUUCGAGACAAGCCUAGUUUUGUUUAUUGGUCAAUUGAAGAGAUUUGCAGAAGCAUCUGUGAAGAUGUACGCAGAACUUGACAGGGAUAUUCGACAAGCCAAACAUAAUUAUGAAAUCUCUGUCAAAGGAGUCGAGGUUGCCAAUGAAGAAAAUAACGCCGAGAGCAACAACCAAAGUGGCAGUGAUCAACAACCGAAGCCGCAAGUGUAAAACCAUGUGGAGAAGAUGUUGGUAGGAUUGUGUUGAAGAGAAAUGUGAGAGCAUGAGGCAUUUUGAUAUUUGAGAUGGGAAUAAAAAGGGUAUGGGGUUAGGUAUCCUUGUGUUACAUUCAGUAAGUUAAUAAAGAAUAUAGGCCAAAGCUGUAAUUAGAGGCUUCAAACAAAACUUGUAUAGUCUCUUUCUCACCCAACAGUGAGCAUAAGAACUCCGAUACCAAAAAAGAAAAAGUUCACCCCUUAUACUCUCAAAUUGUGUUAUUCAAAGUAUUCAUUAUCCAGUCAUGCCAAGCCUGUGACUGGAAACUGGAAAUAAAUCACAAGGAAAACACCUCAUUUUCGUA